CCCCCACAAGCUUUGAUUUGGCUGCCUAAUGACCUCAGCUCAGAUGUUAGUGUCGAAGGUUUGCCCUCCCUGCAACAACGAGCUGAAAGCAGACAACAUCAUAGAGCAUUACUGCGCCAGCGACUUUGUCCUAAAGAUGAAAAUCAAAGAGGCGAAGAAGGAAAAGAGCGACAGGAAGCUCAUUGCAGCACAAAAGAAGAAGAAGGUUUUGAAGCAGGGCAUGCUCAGGAAGAAGGACUUGAAGAAACUGACGCUGUACAUUAAGAACGGGGCCAACUGUCCGUGCUCUCAGCUCGAGAACCUGGGCUCCAACUUCCUCAUCAUGGGCCGCAAAGUGGACCAGCAGCUGCUGCUCAUGUCCAUUUACAAGUGGGAUAAGAAGAGCAAGGAGCUCAAAUUUGCCGUCAAGUCCAUGAAAACCAAGCAGUGCUCCUACGCAGAUGACUAACAGUGAUGAUCCUUGCUGCACCUUUUUUUAGCAUUCACAAUUCUUCCCACAUCCCACCCUGCUUUAGUCAUUCACCUUUAACACCAAGACUUCUGCUAAAUCUGCUAAUCAUUUAUUCUUUGAAGUACAGCAGGGUUGUACAAGUUUUAAAACAUGGAUCAGGACAUUCUUUUAGCUGCAGCUCCCACAGAUUAAUCACGAUUCGUUGUAUGUUCCAAAUCAAAAAAGCUGAUCAAGCCCAUUACAAUGAACGCCGUCUUCUUUAAUAAUGACGCUUUUCUGUGUUGACAAAGCAGAAUCAGUUAAACUGUAUCUUACAGCAUCUUAAAAAAAACAUACAAUAACAUUAUUAAAUUAAGCAAAAAUUGUGCAAAAGUUUUAGUCAAAUUGAAGGACAAUGGAGGGCAAAACACAUGUAAAAAUGGGGAAGUAAAAUGUUUCCAUGCACACACUGGCACAGAGCCUCUCAAAAAGCAUAAAUGCAAAAAAAAACAACAAAA